CUUGGCGUCGCUUCCUCAGCACGCCCACUUCGAGGUUCGAGCGACCAUGUCUUUUGGACGACCUCCGAGCAUCUCUGGCAGCUUUCAAGCAACACCACCUGACAGAGGGUCGUUCCCACUCGACCAUUAUGGUGAAUGUAAGGAUUACAUGACGCAAUAUCUUGACUGUCUGCGCAAAAGCGCCAGCAAUUCGUCGCCAUGUCGUCACCUCAAUCGUGACUACCUGGACUGUCGGAUGAAUCAUGGGUUGAUGGACAAGGACGAGUGGAAGAACUUAGGACUGAGUAACGUAGACUCAAAAGCCUCGACAACCAAGAAUGAUCCUCACGAUGCCAGUAAGGCAUCGUCGUCCUAGCCGCUUCCUAUUGGGCCUCGUCAUGUCUAGGCAAGGAUGCAGCCUCGGCACAUGCUUAGCCCCACGAGUCUUCUGGGUUAUACUCCUCCCUUACGCGGAACAUCUCCAUGUGCACUCAGGGCGAUCUCGGUGU